UCCUCUUCUCUCUCUCCCUUCCAUCUUCUCCCCUCCAAUCAAGAGCGACAAGUGGAAGAAGAAGCAAUAAGAAGGGGAGAAGAUUUCAGAAACCAAAAACCAAAAAAAAGAAAAAGCUUCACUGUCAUCAUCAAAAGGGACUCACCUAGAGUGUUAGAUCUGUAACACUCUCGACGGAAAAAAGACAAAAAUGGGCGCCAAGGCGAUCUUGGUGUCCACCCUUUUCGGUGUCGCUGUCGUUGCGGUCGUCAUCGCCGUGGCGGUGACGGAAACUAAGAAGAAGGGCCAAGGAAGCGGCGGGGAUGGUGCAGAACUCAGCACCAGAUCUGAGAUGAUUAACACCAUUUGCUCGCCGACGGACUACAAGGAGACGUGCACCACCUUCCUCUCCGGCGCCGUGAACUCGACGGCAAAGCCGAAAGAAGUCAUCGAAGCGGCGGUGAAUGUGACGAUCGAGGAGGUGACGAAGGCGUUCAACCUCACCCACGAUCUCGCUGCCAGCGGGAACGGCACCCACGAUGACAUGACCCAGCAAGCGCUGGAGAACUGCAAGGAGCUGCUUCAGUACGCCAGGGACGAGCUCCACGACACCUUCUCGGACGUGUCCGCAAACGACAUGAAGGAUCUCCCGAGCCGCGCCGACGACCUCAGGAACUGGCUGAGCGCUGUCAUCUCCUACCAGGUGACCUGCCUCGACGGCUUCAACAACAGCAGCGCGAAGGAGACCAUGGAGAAGGGGCUCAAGGUUUCGUCGGAGCUCAGCAGCAACGCCCUCGCCAUCGUUACGGAGCUCUCCAACAUCUUCGCCAGCUUCUCCAUUUCCUUCAAGACCGGCCGCCGCCUUUUCUCCGAGGAGGAGUCCCCCGAGAAGCUCCAGAAGGAUGAGUACCCCGAGUGGAUGUCGGCCGAGGACCGCCGGAUGCUGGCGUCGCUCCACCCGGCGAGAAGGCCGACGCCCAAUGUGGUGGUGGCGAAGGACGGGACCGGGCAAUUCAAGACAAUCAAUGAUGCGCUGAAUGCCAUGCCCAAGACCUACGUGGGGAGAUACGUCAUCUACGUGAAGGCUGGGAUCUAUAACGAGCAGGUGCUCAUGGAUAAGUCCAAGGUGAACGUUCUCAUGUAUGGUGAUGGCCCAAGGAGGACCAUCGUCUCCGGCAGCAAGAACUUCGUCGACGGCGUCCAGACCUUCAAGACAGCAACCUUCGCGGUGGUCGGAGACGGUUUCAUGGCGCACUCGAUGGGCUUCCGCAACACCGCCGGGGCUGCCAAGCACCAGGCCGUCGCCCUCCGCGUCCAAUCCGACCAAGCCGUCUUCUACAACUGCCGCAUGGACGGCUAUCAAGACACGCUCUACGCCCAGACCCACCGGCAAUUCUACCGGAACUGCGUCAUCUCCGGCACCAUCGACUUCAUCUUCGGCGACUCCUCCGCCAUCUUCCAGAACUGCCUGAUCAUAAUCAGGCGCCCGCUGGACAACCAGCAGAACACAGUCACAGCCCACGGCAGGACAGACAGGAGGGAACCCACCGGCCUCGUUAUCCAGAACUGCAGGAUUGUGCCCGACGGCCAGCUCUUCCCCGACAGGCUGAAGAUCCCCAGCUACUUGGGGAGGCCAUGGAAGGAGUAUUCGAGGACUGUGGUCAUGGAGUCCACCAUUGGAGACGUCAUCCAGCCUGCUGGGUGGAUGCCAUGGGAUGGGGACUUCGCCCUCAAGACGCUCUUCUAUGCAGAGUACAACAACAAGGGCCCCGGUGCCAUCACCACCGGCAGAGUCAACUGGCCUGGGUUCAAGGUGAUCACCGACAAGAGGGAGGCCCUUCAGUAUACCGUCGGAACAUUCCUCGACGGCGCCAGCUGGCUGCCCGCCUCCGGCACCCCUUUCGUCCAAGGCCUUGUCCAUUGAUUUCAGAGAAUUUAGAGACGAACAUUCCGAUAAGAUCUACAGCUGCGGAUUUAUGGGCUGCCUCUUUUUUCUCUUUGUUUCUUUCUUUCCCUUUAGAGUGUUAUCUGAUUCUUUUCAAGAAGUGGGGGAGGAAAAACGAAUAAAGAUUAUUUUUUCUUUUUUUUUUUUAAAGAUCAGCAAUUCGGAACUUGGUCCGGAUGGGGAUCAUCCAUGUAUAUUGAUUUCUUUAUAUAUGAAUAAAUUGUUCAAUUGACCG